UUUAUUAUCCUUCAGCAUUCUAGAAUUUACAGUUUAUCUGUUUACAGUUUAAUCUGUUUGUUCAGUUGUAGUCAAUAUACAAUUUCAUUACCAGCAUCUUCUCCCAUUUAAAAAUGUUGAUAAAGUUGAAAAAGUGUAAGCUGUUCAAGCUGGAAAGUAGAUGAUCGAUUAUAAAAUAAAAACAAAUUCGUUUUGCUAUUAUUUCCAGAGGAUACAAAUCUGAAACACUUGGUAUCAUUUUUGGAUUUUAUAAAAAAAUUGUUUAGUUAUAGCAUGGGAUUGCUAACAAUUUUAAAAAAAAUGAAGCAAAAAGAAAAGGAAAUGCGCCUUUUAAUGCUCGGACUUGAUAAUGCUGGCAAAACUACCAUUUUGAAAAAAUUCAACGGUGAAGAUAUUAGUGUAAUCUCUCCAACAUUAGGAUUCAAUAUAAAAACUUUGGAACACAGAGGAUACAAACUUAACAUGUGGGAUGUUGGAGGUCAAAAAUCUUUGAGAUCUUAUUGGAGGAAUUACUUUGAAAGUACUGAUGGUCUGAUAUGGGUUGUAGACAGCGCAGAUAGACGUAGGUUACAGGAUUGUAAAGAUGAAUUACACACAUUAUUGCUUGAGGAGAGACUUUCGGGUGCAACUUUAUUGGUUUUCGCUAAUAAACAAGAUUUACCAGGGGCUCUAACUGCUCAAGAUAUAAAAGAGCUUUUAGAAUUGGAUAACAUAAAAACCCACCAUUGGAGAAUAGUUAAUUGCAGUGCUGUUACUGGAGAAAAUCUAUUGGUAGGAAUAGACUGGAUAUUAGAUGAUAUAGCAGCUAGAAUAUUUACUUUGGACUAAGUGCUAUUUAUUGACCAGGAGCAAAGAAUACAGCUUUCACUAUAUUAGGGUGGUUAUAAAAAUGUCAUGCUUUUUUUAUAUAUAUAUUUGCUUAACAUGAACUGUAUAUAUGUAAUUUUCAUUGUUAAAUAAAAAAAAAUUUAUAAUA